AUUACUCAAUAAACAAAAAUAAAAAUAAAAUGUAAUCGCAGUAAAUCGGCUCCGUGGACCAGAGUGUUAUAGGAUCCACAGGUUCCUAUCAGAGUGCGAAAGGGAUCGCUGUUGGUUCAAUGUAGCAUCGUCGGUCAAGGCUAUUUCAGCUACCGGCGACGUGGCAUCGAACCUUCAAAUUAUCGGGAAAAGAAGAAAAAAUUGGAAAUUAAUAAUUUCAAGAAAGAUAAUUGGACCCUCAGAAUCCCGUUCCAAAUCACACACACGGCGGUACACCGGAGCCACCUGUUCCCGACCAAUGAACAAAUCAUCAGCGGAUGGGAACGAAGCGGCUCUUUCCGUGUUGCCGCCGCUGUUUAAAGUGUCAUACGGCACUUCCUAUCACUUUGGGCAUUCUUCCUCAUUGGUAUCAAUCAGGCUGUAACUACAAAAACAUUAACCCUAAAACACUAUAACCAUAAAGCCCUGAAACCCCCAAUCGAGAAUAGAGACCAACUGCGGGAACAAGUUUAACCAAUAGAGCGAGGAGUCGCCAAUUCAUGGAAGAUAAAAUGAGAGGAGGCUUUAUAUAGGAAAAGUAACGAUCUUUUGUAAACCCUAAUUCCGAAUAUGGGCUUUGUUUUGUGUUUUGGGCUAUAUUUUGGCUCAAUAUAAUGGGCCUUGUAAAUUGGGCCUUAAGAACGGGUCUUACAGUUCGGUCCACUCGGCCGGCCAGAGCUCACCUUGCAAUGGUUUGAAUUUUUUCAGCGCAUUGCCGUCUCUGAAAGCAAGAAGAAGAAAGUGGUGGUUGGAAGGCCAGCGCAAUUGCUGUUGUUGCUGGAAGGGCGUGUUUGGGUGUGUGGGAAUGUCGAUGGGGAGUGACAGCACUUGGGUUGGGAAGAAGCCUCUGAGACGCAUCGGAGGCAUGUCCGACGCUCUCUCCAUUGCUUCGGAUCUUGGCUUUUCUGUUGCCGCUCCUCCUACCCAGGAAGAGCUUCAGAACCUAUCCAGUACUACUGGUGAGAAGGGUGAUGACUUGAUAAAGGUUUUGAGGGAACUUACCUCUGUACAAAGAAAAAUAGCAGAUCUGCAAGUUGAACUUCAAGGGAGAAAAGAUGAUAAAAACGUAGCACAUUUGACACAUGCGAGUGAAAUGGAAAAGAAAUGUGAAACUUUAGCGAGGAUUACAACCAUAUUGAAAGAUGUGAUUCAGAAUAAGGAUCGUAUCAUAGCCCGUCUUCAACAACCAUAUUCACUCGAUUGCAUUCCAGUGGAAGCAGAGUAUCAGAAACAAUUCUCUGAAUUACUGAUGAAGGCUGCUAGUGAUUAUGGGGCCUUGACAGCAUCAGUUGCAGAUUUUCAGUGGAGUCAGACAUUUAAGGAACCUCCUUCAGUUUGGGGGGAAAUGCUUCGUCCAAUUCCUGUUGCCUUAGCAUCAUGCACUCGGUUCUUUGAAGCAAUGUCUGCUAUGAGGGAAUCAUUUUCAACACUUCAGCAUCUCAGAGUCGGUCAUAGUGACGCAUCUUCACCGAUAACACCAGGCAAGGAUUCCUCCCGAAGAGUACCAGGGGAUUCCGAAUGUGUAACUCCACCGCCUUGGAGAACUGAACCAAGCUUUGAUGACUUAGCUAUCAGAAGCUCAAGGAGGCCAGAAGUCGAGCACCGAGAAGCAGACGAUGAAAACAGUGAGGGGGAUGGAACUAGCCACAGGAGAUUAUCAUGGCCUCCAGUUAAAAAGAGUGGUGUUUAGUCAAUUUGCUGAAUUUCGUUGCAUGUUACUCAAUGUAUGCUUUUGUGUGAAAUAGUCAUUGUAAUAGUAGAAGUGUGCAAAAAAAUUCCAAUACAAUUGUACACAUUGAGACACUCAUUAGUUUGUGCAGCUAUCUAUACAUGUAUUCUAUUAUGUCGAAA